AUGGCGUUCGCGGCCUUCGCGGACGCCCCGGUGGACGUCGCCGUGGUCGAGGUCGGCAUGGGCGGGCGCUGGGACGCCACGAACGUCGCCGACGGCGAGGUCGCGGUCAUCACCCCGGUCGCCUACGACCACGAGCGGUACCUCGGGCACACCCUGGUCGAGAUCGCGGGGGAGAAGUCCGGCAUCGUGAAGGACGGCGCGACCCUCGUGCUGUCCCGCCAGGAGGAGGACGCCGAGGGCGUGAUCCUCGAGGCCGCCGCCGAGCGCGGCGCGCGGGUGGUCCGCGAGGGCGUCGACAUCGACGUCGUGGACCGGCAGGUCGCCGUCGGCGGGCAGCUGCUCACGCUGCGCGGCUCGGGCGGCGUGUACACCGACAUCUUCCUGCCGCUGCACGGCGAGCAUCAGGCGCACAACGCGCUCGCGGCGCUCGCGGCCGUCGAGGCGCUGAUCGCGGGCGGCGGCGCGCUGGACGGCUCGGUGGUGGAGGCGGCGUUCGCCGACGUCGACUCCCCGGGCCGCCUGGAGCUGGUCCGGUCGAGCCCGACCGUGCUGGUCGACGGCGCGCACAACCCCGCCGGCGCCGAGGCGCUGGUCGCGGCCGUCGAGGAGGCGUUCGCGUUCCAGCGGAUCGUCGGCGUCGUCGGCGCGAUGGCGGACAAGGACCCCGAGGCGAUCCUCGCGGUCCUGGAGCCGUACCUGGCCGAGGUCGUCGUCACGCGGGCGUCGAACCCGCGGGCGAUGGAGGUCGACGACCUGGCCGAGAUCGCGGUCGACGUGUUCGGCGAGGACCGGGUGCACGUGCGCGAGCGGCUCGACGAGGCGGUCACGCUCGCGGCCGACCUCGCGGAGCGCGAGGUGGAGCGCGGCGCGGCGGUGCUCGUGACCGGCUCGAUCUACCUGGUCGCGGAGGCGCGCGUCCUCACGGGCCGCGCCUGA